AUGUUUCUAUCGAGGACCAAAUUCUCGUGUACACUAGUCCUCGUGUUCGCGCUAUUCCACGGCGUUCACAGUGCGUCCGCAUUGGAAGCGAACUCAACGCAGCACCCGUUCACGUUGAGCACAUUCGUUGUUCCGGCCUCGACGUCACCGGCUCCAGAGGCGAGCUCAAGUCAUCAAGCUGUUUUUCCGCUUUCGUCAGACGCAGUGACCGAGGAGGUCCUCCAGGAUGACAUGGUCAAUCCAGUCGAAGCCGUUGUCACAAAGCGACCGACGAGAAGGCCCAUGCCGGUUUUGUAUCGGCACGGAAAAAUCCUGGAAACUUCUCGUCGUGUCAGCCAGGAAUCGAUGGGGAGCUUUCCGAAGGUACAACCGCUACGUCCGCAUCGGCUUGGGCUCUAUCCGACCGAGCUGGGACCCGUGUUCGAAGCGCCGAGCUCUCAGACGGAGGACCCGAGUCCCGUCCUGCCCUCGUCGUCGCUCAUGGAGACCUUCAUGGCUUUCGAAGCGGAAUCCAGCGCUCCGCCGGCAGCCGCCUCCACGUCGAGCACCGUCGACCCAAAAGACGUCCGGCCCACCCGAACCGUAUCGACGCCCUUGGUAAUAACCGAGGCGAAGAUGGCCAAAGUUCAAAGCGUAGACUCGGGCAAAAUCGACAAAACCGUCACUCUUCUCGGGUUUGUCGACUUCACGACGUCGCUAUCUGGAACAAAAAUCAUCUUCAAACCAAGCGCUACGAGACGGCCAGAAUCACCUCAGGAACAGGUGCCCAUCGUGAAGCCGUCAUCGACGUCAUCAUCGUCGACGUCCUCGUCGUCCCCAAACUUCGACCAUCUGUUCAAGAAGUCGAAGGUGCAGGAGAUCAAAUCCUCGAAAGCCUCUCUGUCCAGGAAGUUCCCUUUCAGAACGACGUUACGUUCAUCUUCCGUACAACCGUCUCAGACUCAGAGCCGGAGCGAAAAGUACAAGACCGGCUUGGUGAGGUCUAAGACCGGCACCACCGUGAGAGACGGUGUCACAACCGAGUUCACGACGUUGAUUUACGGAACUUUCAUCCAAGGCAGUUACGCCCACAUCAUUCGGAGCACGUCGUCGAUCUACGCAACUCCGACCAUGCAGAACCCUGGGGUUUCGAUGACGACCAUGGUCGGUUCCGAGACUUCCGUAGCUCCCGUGGGCCGACCUCUUUCGUUUCCUGAAACGAACGGAGACUCGGAGCUCCAAAACUCCGACAGUGUCGUGACAUUCGGCAAGAGUUCGAGCGUCGUCCCCAGCGCUGUGAUCAUAACAGAGGGCUUCAUUCUGCCCAGCGAAGCCGAGGUCGCCUCAAUUCGGCCGACCUCGACCGUUGCGUCGAGAGACUCGACUGUGAAGAUCGGCCACGACUCAUCCGCCAUGCAGAAGAUUUUCCAGAACGAACUCGACUCGUCGAUGAAACCUCCAGCGUCCUCAUCGUCGCAGUCGUCGUCGAGCGAUGCCGAUCUGGACAGCAUGUUGUUGGCCGAUCCCUCGGGAUCGUCGAUGACUUCGAUCCAGUACGUCACGCCAAAACGCGUGGAUUCCUCGAGUAUCGAGCCUACAUCUGUCACGCUCUACACAACGUACACCCAUUUCACAACGAUGUACAACAGUGGCUCGGCGAGCGUUUUCAGUAAUCACGAAAUAGUUUCAAAUGUCCACACCAUGAUGCUGCCCAAGGCAGUGUCUGAACCUGUCAACGAACCGAGCCAAGAAGCGACUAGUGAAAGCAUGCGACACAUGAUAUUGAUCGUAUCGCCCACGCAAAGUCGUGCACCCGAAUCCGCGUCGGAUACUCCCGGCUCCGCCGAAGCCGAAUCGACCCCGUCGCUCCAGGCUUCGGACUCGAUCGCUGAGACCCCUGCACUCAGCAGCUCCUACGACCUGACAACGUACACCUACUACACGACGUUCAUCAAGAAGGGGAAAACCUCGAUAACUAGUCGAACUUCGGUGGUGAGCAACCUGAUUGCGGCGCCUACCAGCACCUCGAUCGUUCCCACGCCGAGUGCGACGCUCACAGAGCCGGCGACAUCCACCUACUUCACCACGUACACUUACUACACGACAUUCUUCCGUCGCGGCUCGUCCCGCAUCCGCAGUAGGGAAAAAGUGGAAACCAAUAUCGUGACCAUCUUCCCCGGAUCAACCGCAACCGCGACCACAGAGAUUCUGACUCCAAUCACCGUUUACAAGGACCAUUCCCCUGUCGUCAGUUUUGCGAAGGUUCCGAAGGUUUACUUGACAACGGUCGACGAGAGAACAGAAACGAAUCGCGUGGACCCCACCGCCGCCGCCAUCAGGGCCACGACAACCUUCACGUUCCUAACGACAACAACUGAUUCACUCGGCAAUGAGGUGGUCUCGACUUCGUUCUCGACCUUGGAGGGUCUGGCGACGCAGGCGCCCGACAUUUCUCCGACUAAACGAGUUCGCACCGAUUUCACGACGUUCACCUACUUCAGUACGACGAAUCAUCCUGGAGGAACUAACGAGGUCAACAGUCGAAGCGAGGUUAUCACUCGUUACGUGACCGAGGAGCCCAGCCGAAAGAGACGAGAUGUCCAACAGAAACUGGAAACCACUUUCACCGAUCUCGUCACCACGUUCGAUCACGGACGACCCGUCGUGUCGACCAGAAGGCAUACAGUCACGCUUGGUACGCUGCAUAUAACCGACACCGUGCAACUUCCGGCAACCACCCGCCCGGAACCUGCCGUGACGCGUAUCGUCGAGCCCGCCCUGGUCAGGGAACACGUACCGAUCGAUCCCCGCCCGGUAGAUCACACGUAUUACACGACGUAUACGUACUUCACGACAACACUGAGUCACGGAAUUCCCGUGACACAAACCAGAUAUGAAGUGGUGACUCAGGUCCGUCACAUCGAUGCCACUCCCGGCAUCCCCGGCGUGAUCGCCGACCGUUCGUCCGGCUCUUGUCGACGAUGCGUCGACGCUGAAUAUCCGAAAGUCGUGGACGCUUAUCCGAAAAUCGCUCCCUCCACCAUCUAUCCAGCAUGUCGUGAAUUUCAUUCAGGCGGCCGACACCACACCGCCUAUUCAACGUUGACGUUCUAUACGACGCAUUAUCCGAGAGGAUCGUCGUACGUCGAAACUCGAUACAGCGUUGUGACCAAUAUCGCUACGGCCACAGUUACCCACCAGCUUCCUGGACUCCGGGGACCGGAUCCCUCGUGUCCCCACCAUCACACCACGUUCACGUACUUCACCACAAGAUUCGCCGGCCCGACUGCCACCGUCGACGUCCAGAAGGAAACCGUUGCGAAGUGCGAUGGCGCCAUUCCAGUCAUCGGAGCUACUAGAGUCGUCCCCGAGCAUGUGGUGGUCGAGGAGCGUCACCGUCCCGCGCACGUCGUGCACGAGGAUCAUCGAGACCAUGUGCAUAGACCGUGCACGGUUUGUCUUCCUGACUACAGCAGGAAAACAUUUUACACGACGUACACGCAUUACACCACCGUCCUGGACAACCACGGUCAUCCAUCGGUGUCGACGAGAUACGAAACAUAUACGGACAUCUUGUCGGGCGUCAGACCCACCCGAACGAGACACGUUCGCGAAGCCACUCAAGAUCCACAAAUGCGAAGGCUUCUCACCGAAUCCGCAGAAUCGUCAGCGGUCGUAUCAAGCUCGAGUCUUAAGACCGGAUUGAUCACUUCGUUCACCCAAGAUCGCGUGACUGAAGGCGUGACAACUCGCUUCACGACGGCUAUUUCAGCGACGUACAUCCGAGGCUUUUACGCUCACAUCGCCCAGACGUUCUCCAAUGUUGUAGGGGAGCGGCAGACAGAUUCGUCGCUAGUCAGCGCAUCCAGUUCAGCAGACGCCGCCAUGAAGUCGGAACUUCUGGCCACGGAAGCUCCAGGAGUUUCCUCGGUCAUCGCCUCGGCAUCCUCAUCGAUAGCUCCAUGGGACUUCGGACAAUUGGCCUCCGGUUCGGCUCCUACGGUGACUCCGGUCUUCGCGCCUUCGUCGCCCGACGCUCCGAGCAGCGCGACAGAAGCUGCUACUGAUCUUCAUUCCCAAUCGGUCACGGACAGCCCUGUUCCACAAAAUAUUGACGUGACAACAUCAUCAUCAUCAUCGGUUCCAGUCGUAUCCUCAUCCUCGUCGCAACAAACUGGAGUACUCAGCUCUGAGCUCCUGAGCUCCGAGGUCACUUCCGGUACAACCACAAAUUGGAGACGCAAUAUUAUCGGAACGUUCAUCAAUGGAUUCUACGCACAUAUCGCCGUGACCUCUACGGAAACGGUCAGUCCGAAACAAACUAGUCCGCCAUCGAGCUCCACUUCACGAGCCGAAUCCGCUCAAAAAUCCGCGCACCGCGCGCAAGAAACCUCGACGCUGAGCUCCUCAGCCUCGGCGAAUCUACAGACAGGACUGCUGUCCUCGAGAGAGAUAGCGACCGAAGUCAUUGACGGGCGAAAAGUUGUUCUCCUUUCUGCCGUCUACGGAACGUACAUCGGUGGUCACUACGCACAAUAUGCCAAGAUCGACAGAUCCACUGUCACGGAGGGAGCUGUCGCCCCCUCAAUUCGAACUUCGUCCGCCUUGACGACAUCUUUCUCGUUCGAAACAGCUCAAGCCCUCGACACCAGCGACGCUCCGGCUCAAACCUCCCGGAGAGCGGAAACUACUCAGCCGGAGGCUUCUGCGUCGGGAGGGCCCGUGGUCGGUGUGAUCACUUCGAGCACGGACCGUUUCACCAACAACAAUUGGGUGACGAUUCAAACUGUGUUCACGUACGGAACGUACAUUCAGGGCUAUUACGCUCAUAUCGCGAAGACGUCAACGGAAGUUCAUCCCGCCACGCAUGACGCCAACGUAGCCGCAACGCUGAGUACGGCUGAUACACUGAAUCCGUAUUCGGCCUCCGCCCAUCCCAUCGGCGCCACGGAAUACGCGGCAUCCGCAAGUCUCCAGCCCACCACAGGAGGAAACACGCUCCAGGGAUCGUGGAAUGGGGACCUCCAACCAUCGGUGAAUCAAGUCACUCCGCAAUUGGCAUUAGUUUCAGGAGCGACGCCGUCGACUCCUCCGGGAUUCGAUGCGGCAGCGGUUCCCUCUACUUCUGCCUCGUCCACGUCGAGCAACGGAAACGAUGACGACGACGACGACGAGCUCAAAACAGGUUUACUGUCGCGAUCAUCCGUGACGAAACUUGUCAGCGGAGUUCCACACGUGUUCACGUAUGACGUCACGGGGACCUUCAUCAACGGUUUCUACGCGCACAUUGCCCGAACGCUGAGCGCGACUUUGGACCCCUCGAAAUUAUCGCCGACAAAAACGGAGAAAGCCAAAAGACCGAUACUGACUUUCCACAUCAGUGAGCCCAACGACCAACUCGAAAAUCAGCUCUUCUCCGACGAGCUCUCCCAGGAGCUCCAGAACAAAUUGGAGAAAUCGCUCUCUCUCGAUGAGGCGAGCGACGGUAGACAGCUGCAAGCGAAACGAAACCGACCGAUAUUCCCAUCGAGGAGACGCAAGAUCCCCAAGCAGACAACUCCGCUCGUGGAUUCUGUCGGGACGGAUUUCGACAGGGCGACAGAUGAUCUCAUAAACGACGACGAAGAUUACGAUUACGACUACGGGCGAGCACCCGAAAGCGUCGACGCGGAGCACCUUCUCGAGCAACCCGUAAGACACCAACGUCUCGCGAGGGCGGGGAGCUCGAACAACAGGAAGAACCGGCUCGAGGGCGGUCUCGUACCCCAGAAGACCGUGAGGGCAGAGCGACAGCAGAGAACGCAGGGCCAACGCUCGAAUCGUCCAGCGUUGCUCGGUAGGCGCCGGAAGAGUGAUCCCGUCCAACCCGCUGAAUCUGCGAGACAGGACGAGACGACAGAAACCGAGCGGCCGCGUCAGAGGAAUCCGCAACGCCGCACCAGGAAACGUCAAAGACAAAACGACGACGAGAGUCUCGAGCCGGACGCUCCGCGACCGAGACAGCGGCAGGGGCGCAGAAAAAUCAACAGGAGCCGCGAGCAGCUCCGCGAAACCGAAACACCCGCGAGGAGAGGGGGUCGGAGGAAUAACUCCCAACGACAAUCCGCCACGACGCAGCAGCCGCAGGCUAGACGCGGAGGGCGCUACAAUCCGAAGAAUAAUCGCGAAAAUUUGCCCGCCAGUCUUCAACCGACAACGACAAUCCAGAAAUCCAGUAUCACGCUCAUGAGCGUCGUGACCACAACGAAGACCCUCCCAAUUUACCACGGCUUCCGUACGAGUUACGCGACCAUCACCACGACGGCCGUAGCGACGUCGGUCGUCAAGCCAACUGAGUAUAGCAUCGUCGAGGACACCAUAACGGCGACGUCGAUCGUGGAUGGCGAACCGAGCCUGAUUGAGAAAUAUCAAACGAAAACACUCCUCAACCGAAAGUCAGAAAUCAAUCUCGAUAGCACGACAAUCACCGAGAUCGUGGUUUCCACUACCGUGCUCGAGCAAGUGAGAACCAUACCGAUCCAGAUCGGUUUCCGAACCCGGACCGAUAUCAUCACCGAGAUGUCCACGCUGACUCAACUCCGCACCGAUGUCCGAACCAUACUGCCCGAAACGACCGCAGCCUGGAACGGAGGCCAGACGGUAUCUCCCCUGCAGAAUCCCUUUCUCCAGGCGAAUCCGUUCGUGGGACAGCUCGGCCAAAACCUGUUCGCGAACGCAUUUUUCAACCAGCCCCAGUUCCUCACGAGCACGAUCAUCGAGCCGACGACCUUGACUUCGACAACGGUCGUCUCGGUCAAUCUCCGAGGGAGGAAAGUGCUCAAAACAAUCACCGACACGAAGGUCACCGAUACAACACGCUUCACCACAUUCACAAUCCAACCGACAGUGGCCGCGCAGCUACCUUUGAUAACUCCGCAAGCCGCGUUGCCGGCCGCGCAUUUCACAACCGAUAUCACACUUGUAGUCACAGAUCAACUCGGACAAGCACGUCCGGUGGUCACACGCGUGGUUCUCCCGAUCCACCACGGUCAAAAAGUAGCCCGAUCACUCAGUCAAGACAGUUCGCCACAACAGAACCUCGGCCACAGACACUACACAGUACGCGACGACUCCGAUGACGCUGACGAGAACUAUGAUGACGAUGAUACCAUCACUGAGGAGGACAUCACUCCCACAAAAACAAGAGGGGCGCCUCGGUUGACAACUCUCCUGAAGAACGACCAGAGUGAGAUUUACCAACGAGAAGCCAGCUCGCAGCUAGCAAGGAUUGCGCGUUCGCCGGAGAAACCGGUUUUCGGGAAAAGACGUCUUCUGCAAUUCCAACAGCCUUUAGGGGAUCCGAGCUCGAGCUACUACCUGCCGCAAUUCACGAAUUACAACGACCAACCAUACGCGAGUCGCGUUCUGCAGCCCUCUGCGAAUUACUACAGUCCCCAGCAGUACGACUUCCAGCAGUACCAGCCGUAUCAAAAUUAUCCCCAACACAACCAAUACCAACAUCAGUAUAGCGACUAUCCCUAUGAGUAUCACUCCCAGGUUCCGGUCCCUCCGCAGAAUGAUUUCCACAACCAGCUCGCUGGAUUCCAACAGUCCUUCAAUCCGCCCGUUCAGCAACAGAACAACCUGAAUCAGUUUUCACCACUGCUCUCGUAUGAUGUGAAUCCACCCAAUCAGGUCGUGGAUCCUGCACCUCCGGUUGAGGCGAGUCCGCCCUCCCGGAGCUUGAUCAGGAGUUCGAAACUCAAGCGAAAGACGAUCUUGCGGAAGACAAAGCCCACUCCGACUUUCGAGUUCAACCCACAGACCCCUCUUGAAUUCAAUCCCGACUCGUAUGUCACGCCCACCAGAUUGCGGAAGUCGUCCGUUGUUCGGCGCCGACCCCAAGCGUCCGAAUACACUGAGGUGAACCCCGAACUCGCCGAUAUUCCGGCGGCAAGCCCAGUUCUCGAAUCCAGUUACUUCGCUCUGGACUCUCAAUCGCUGAUCAGGAGUUCAAGAGUUGUCCCUCGGCGGCGACCCCCUUCCACUCUUGUCCCCGACCCAAGCCCUCCGUCACAGAUCCUAUACGAAACAGCCAAAGUUGAGGAACCGGUGACCGAGGCAGCGGAUGCUGAGAGGCGUCGAGGCAAGGUGAAGAAGAAUCCCGACGCGUCUCGCAAAGCCAUCGUCUCGAGCAGAGUCCAGAAAGCUCGAGAUCCUCUGACAUCUGUGGCUAAUCCAAUCACAUUCUACACUACAUUCACAUACAUGACAACAUUCCUCCAUGGAACACACACGGUUUACCAGAGUAGGGAAUCGGUAGUCACCUCGGUGCACAGCGUCGUCGAUCCCACGCUGUUGUCUCAAAUCAGCAACGGCUAUUUCGACGGUAAAGCCACGCCGGUGAGCAGCAGAACGCGGGGUUCCGCUACGACGAUUGUGAACCUCCAAAGUCGGCUCGCCGUUCAAACAGAUGAAGCUCCGGUAGCGUCGUCGCCGGUCGUCGAAACUCCCGCUAGUUCGAUGACCACACUCGAUCUUGAGCAAUUGGAAAACGUGAGGAAAACCGUUUACGUUCUACAGACGUACAUGUACACGGUUGUCGAUGAGGCUGGCCAACUACACACGUCCUCCAAAACUGAAAUCAAGUCGAGCAUCCACGCGACGCCCACCGCCCUUAACCUGGUGCCAACGGAGCAGAUGUCUAUCAGCAACGGUUUCCUUGCCCUCGACAACACCCGCACCGUGAAUUUGGCGAACGAUGUGCGAAACGGAAAGACCACCAAAGUUGAUCUCGAACUGCGCACCGUUGUCAAGCUCGACAACAUCGGAGAUGCCAUCCUCGCCACGCAGGCUGCAGUCCUGGACGCUUCGUCAAUCGAUCCGACUUCCACAGUCGCCGACGCGUAUUCGACGAGUCAGGCCGCGGCUUCGAGCGCGAUCGACGCUUACCGCAAGAGGAUUAAGAUCAAGUCGAUAGUGAGGAAGAGGCCUUCCGAAGGCAUAGAGUCCUCCAUCGUCGACCCCACGGAGUACUUCGAAAGCUCUUCGAUUUUCGGUACUCCUGCCCUGGCCUCCUCCAGCGAAAUCCUACCGGAAUUCACGAGCUCCACCCUCGCUCCGAGCAAACAGCUGAAGCGACUGAAAGUCACAAUCCGCAAGAAGGCCAGCAAGCUCUUGAAACCGGUCUUGGAUUCCGUGGCCUCAACCACAGACAUCGACACCCUGCGCAAUGUUCCGAGCGCGAGCCGAUACAGAGGACGUUUGCGCGCCAGCAGGGUCAUCUCCAGACGUGUCCGCCCCUCGGAUCUGAUCCGUCAGUCUCCGAUCCUCUCGGUUACGCCAGUCGCCUACACGACAACCACUCGACUCCCUAUCGAAGUCUCGGGAUCUACCGAAUACCGCGACGUGGAACUCACGACGUUCUCGUUGGUGACGUCGACGAUCACGCCGAGCUUCUUCCCGCCGAGUCCGCAGUUCACGAGACCCGCAUCGAUCCAGGCUUCACCGGUGGUUCUCACGUAUUUCACGACGACAACGUACACGAUUCCGGUGACACGCAACGGCGUGGCGACGUAUUCUACGAGCGAGCAUACAAACAGCCGACUCGUGACCCAAUAUCCCGAACCGUCGUCACUGCAACCAUCGCUGGUCCUCGACGCGGCUCUUGUGAACGAGCUCGCGACGCCGAGAAUCUCAGACUUCGAGACGAAAACUAUGUUCACGACGUACACCUACUACACCACUUACUAUUCGAAGGGUUCGACCUCGGUCGUCAGUUCGCUGAACAUUAUUUCGAACACAGUUCAAGUCCCGGUGCUGUCGUCGAUCGCUCCGACCGCCGUCACCCCGUUGACGAUCCUGAAGACUUCAGAGCGUUUGAGAGUCUCAACUUCGUACUCGACGUUCACGUUCUACGCCACUCUCUUCAACGGCACGUCGUCUCUGGUCACGCCUUUCGAGGAAGUUCAGAGUCAAGUUUUCACGCUCACCGAAUCGUUCGUGGUCACUAGAACAGUCAGCAUUGCGCCAACGUCGACAGCAGUGCUGGACUUGCAAGCAAGCGCAGCGCCAGAACCAACCCAGACCUCAUCGAGUCAAUCGUUCACAUUGUUCACCCUCGCACCGGCAUCGACGUCUUCCCGAGCGUCCGGGCCCUUGGUCCCUUCAGUCAAAACGUUCCUUACGACGUUCACCUAUUUCACCACCUACUUCAGACAAUCGUCCUCAUACGUUAUCAGCAAGGAGUCCGUGGUCACCAGCUACGCGACUCUCUUUGUGGACGCUGCGAAACUGCGACCGACCUCAACGAAGAAGCCGGUUCAAUCGACAACCACCGCACUGGAUCCUCGAUUCCCGUACACAACUUAUACUUCGUUCACGACCUACACCUUCUACACCACGUUGUUCGGUGGGAAAGACAAGAUCGUCAUUUCGAGCGAGCAAAUCGUACCUCAGGUUGUCACGAGGAAGCUGGAUGCUACCGCUGGGAACAUCGCACCAACGACCACCAACACCUACUCGACGUUCACAGCACCUCCCAUCACCGAGGAGCUGCCAUCGACCUCAUCAUCUACGUCGAGAUCCACGCUUACAUUCGAGUUGGCGCCAAGCACUGAGUCUUCAGAUGCAACGGAUCUUCCGAGCGCCCUGGAGCCGAUUCCUGAUGGGGUAACGACAUCGAGCAUUCCCACUGUGGCUAUGCCCGAAAUCAUCAUCAGGGACCAGAAACCGACGGUCUCCCUCCGGAAGAAGACAUCGGGUGCUUCGACGUCGGUCUCGGCAGCCACGACUCUGCCCCAUACGCAGACCGUCGUCUUGGCAAGCUCAACGAGGUUCUUCGGUCGCGAUCGAAGCCUCACCCACAUCGGACCGGGAAGCACUUUGCUCCUCAUCACGGGAACGGAUGGUCUCAUAUCGAGAAGCCAGGGAACUCCCUCGUCCGCGCCGACGGUCGACGCCACCGCCGCUGACGCAACGAAGUUCAUCUCUCCGUCCACGACGUCGCCCGGAACCGUUCUCGAUCUCACAGACAUCCUCGGAGGCAAAGGAGGCAAGCUCGGGGAAGCCAUCAAAGGAAUCGUCAACCUAUUCAACACCAAGAACGGAACGGACGCCUUAUCCCCCAGCUCCAAGAUCAGCAGAGAAGAUACGUCCCUGCCCUCCGGGCCUGUCAUGGUGUCCAGCCGAGAGCCUCUGUUUAUUCCUCUCAGUCCUGUGCUCGACAUUUCGAGCUUCAUCUCGCCAAACAGCGCGUCACCGGGCUCGAUCGGAUCGACGUCGCGCGCCGAUUCCAAAUUGACUCCGGUGUACAAACCUGUGAGACCGCUAGAGGAGAAGGAGGCUCAUAUUCCGCUCGAGAAACUCAUGUCGGACCUGUCGAAGGCCAAGACGAAGAUCCGCGUCGACACGCCGACCCUUCUGCCGAGCUCAAAACGUCUUAUUCCGUCGACCACGAUUCGAUUCGAAGAAUCCAACCCAUCUGAGAGCGUUUCCGUCAUUGUAGGCGCAGAGACAAUAUUCUUCGACGAGGGUGCAAGCACCGAGCUCCCGGAUCCCAACGGGGCGGUGCAGCCAACGAAUGUCCUGCAAGGCGUGUCUCCAUCGUCGCGCGUCGUUGUCGUCACUCCGGAAAUCGAAGUCGCCAGAGGCUCCCUCCUGCCCCCGGGCUACAAGGUUCAGGCGCAAUCUUCGGGCGGGCUCUGGUCCACCGCUUCUUUCGCUCCAGCUGAAACUCUGGUUCCUGAAGAUGGAAUCAAGGCGAGCAAACCUACGAUCUACUUCCAAGUUUCCUCAACCGUUGUCACCGACAGUCCUGCCAAAGAAGUCGACUACGGAGGCGUCAAGGUCUUCAUCGCUGGCCGUGGAAACAGAAAACCGGUGGAACCUGUCAUCAAGACAGAGACGGGCUCACAGAGCACAAGAAAACCGCUUCCGAAUAUCUUCAAGGUCGGGAACCGCAAGGGCGGACCCUCAACCACAGCGAAGCCGGCUUCGAACCUCCCCAAGGUCAAGAUCUCGUUCCCGAAACCGCCUGCUCCAGGUGACGAUAAGCCCGAAGACUCGAACGAUAUCUUCGACGCCUUCAAGCCUUUCAACAACAGCAACAGAGAGCAAUUCGACGGCCCGACGCCCACGCCUCUGUGCUAUCCGGCUUGCGAUUCGAGCCGACACGAAGCCUGCGCGCCAAACCCAUCGAAAACUGCCCGCAAUAAAUACAUAUGCGUUUGCCGACCGGGUUAUACGAGAGACACGGAGAGCUCUUCCACCAGGUGUAUCGCAUCUCAAACGUAUCUCCUCCCUGUGCAUCUCGUCCGUGCCUCGUCGAAGGGAUCGGUUCAAUCUCAAAUGCCCCGACUACUCCACGCUCUCAAAGUUUCGUUGGAACAAACCUACAGCGAUGCGCUCGGCUUCCCGAAAGGCUCGCUGCUCGACGCCAAGGUCAACACAGUUCAGAAAGUCACAAACUACAACAACGAAUCCUCCAUCGUCCUUACGUUGGCUCUAUCUCAACGAGCCACAAACACGGAUCUGUCAUUGCCUUCGCUGUCGUCGCAAUUGGCGAGGAGUGUCUCGAAACUCAACGAUUCUCUCGGACAACUUCAAUCGCCUUUUGUGCUUCUGGGAUCUACUCCGAUUGACGCUCUCAAGGACCUUGAUGAGUGCUCUUCUUCUGACCUGAACGACUGCAGUGCGUACGCAAAAUGCAUCAACGUGCCAGGCUCGUUCCAUUGCGAAUGCAAAUCGGGAUACCAGGACUUGGACUCUGAAUCUCCUGGAAGAGUGUGUUCAUCUGAAAUCAAGAACUGUCAGUUCUGCAGCGCACGAGGCAGCUGCAUUUUGGGAGUGGACAACGGUGUGGAGAAGACCACCUGCAGAUGCAACACCAUGUAUCUCGGACGUCGUUGUGAAAUCAACGGACUCGUUCUUACAAUAGCGCUACCGAUUGCGCUCUCUCUGCUGACGCUGACGAUUUGCUGCUCGGUGCGGCGAUGCCGACCCCGAUACAGGACGACGGCGGUGAAGCCUCCGCUUCCUCAAAAUAAAAUGGCUAUGGCCUAUCCCGGUUCGGGUUCACUCCUCACGGCUUCGGAUAAGGGGCACUCGGAUAAGACUCAAAUGAUCAGCGAUAGCUCUAGCGAAGGCGAAACGAGUCACGGAGGAGAUCAUUGGCACCAUCAUCAUUCGACCAUAGAUGGUCGCCACACUCAGAUGUCAUCCGGAGGCUACAGCGGCUACGGCGAGUCCUUGGCUGACACGCUCGCCAACCAUCACUUACCGUCGAUUGUCAUACCGCGAGUCAGACCCAAGCUGCCAGUUCGACAACGAUGA